AGCAUAAUAUUACUAUGUUAAUGGCAAGCGAAUGAGCUUGGUGGGGCAUACAAUGUGGAAGAUGGACGGAUUCGAUCAUUUGAAGCCCGAGAAGGCAUCCAGUGGCCGGUGGCAGAAGAUUCUGGUGAGCGGAAAAAGAAGCAGACAAGAAUGACAGGAAAGAAUAACUGAUGGGCUUUCUCGUCAUUAAAAAAUGGCCGCCCCGAGGUUAAUAGGCGUCCGGGGCGAGAUUUUGAUAUGCGCCCCCCUCCCACCAGUAUAGCGCGGUGAGGUAGUAUUUAAAAGUAACGCCACAUAUCUCUUCAAAUUGAAAAAGAUUCAAUUUAUUUUCAAUUCAGGAAUAUCAACGAAAAUUUAAAAUUAAAUAGGUUUUAGCCUGCAGAAUACAAGGUUAAAGAGUAUAAAAUGAGAAGUUUUAUCAUCCAGCUUGGAACAAUGGAGCGACCAAUGACGACUUGCAGGUUGCAGGAGCACUGGGCGCGCACAGGAUCACUCAAUAACUGGAAAAAUAUACGCCUAUGCUUAGAGUGACUGUAGUUACCAAAGUUUAGUCAGUGAACGUCAAGUUUUUAUUGUUUAUGCCACAAUUCACACUACUCAUAUAAGUAACGAGUUAUACAUAGAAAUGGAUUGAUAAGAAAAUAGUUCAAGACUUUAAACGUGAAGGUGAAAUAAAGGUACUUGAACCGAUAAUGUCGGGGCGGUAAUCAUUAUACGACCGCGGCGCCCGGGGCGCCCUGCCCUUUGGGCGGCCCUGCAAAUAUGGAUCGGGUUUUUUAUUAAUUGAGGCAAACGCAUGCGGUGAAUUGAUCAAGGCAUGGCGUAGUGAGUGUGGUGUGUACCCAAUCAGAAGUCGACAUUUACCAGUACAAGAUUUUCGCGAAACGGUACGCAGAAUCUCACCAGAGUACUUGUACUUGAACGACGGUACAAUUCUAAAGCCUAUCCAACCAUCAGCAAUAAAAUUGGCAGAACACGACGAACAAUUGAAAAACAAUAGUCAGAAAUAUACUUCCACAUUUAUAAAUACGGACGCACACAACGAUACAGUCACAACAUUUUAUACGUGUGCUGCAAACACACAAAUUCUAUAUUAUAGUGAGUCGUUACUUCAACUGUUGGAAAGCGUUCAAGUGAAACACACUAACUUGCUCCAUAAACAUAAAGUGAAACCAGAUAUUAGUUACAAGUCAUUGUUGGAACUUUGUCCCAAUAUGACCAUUAGUGAAUAUAGAUCAAUUUAUUGUUGAAUGAUUUUUUUAUUAUUUUGAAUAUGGAUUCUAUUAGUUAUGCCGGUCUUGUGAACGAUGAUGACAGUAUAAUUACUGAUCAAAGUGCCAAUAUUACUCGAAAUUUUAUAAACUACAAUUUCCGUGAUAUUGAACUCGCAGACAUACCGUACACAUCGACAUGUGAAGUAGCACAUCUUCCAGUGAAGAAACGCCAAAAGAAACUGCACAAUAUUAUCCAUCACGAUUUGGAAUUGGACAAACAGUGUGAUCUUUAUGCGCCACAAAACCUGAAUCCACAACAAAAGGUGGUUCACGACUAUGUGAUUAAUAAUUUGCAGAAAUGCACACUGAUUCAAGCCGGACCGGGAACAGGCAAGACUUUUACAAUGUUGACUGUAGCCUAUUCCUUGCGAAACAACUAUCCAGUACAUGUUCUAAUCUAUAAACAUGAUCUCUUGAUGAAGUUCAGGCAGGCAGCGCACACAUGACACUUGCCAGCUUUUUCAUGUCGCUAUUUCAAAUCAAAUCUUUUCCUGAUUAUACAGUCUUUGAAAAGCAGCUUACAGCAAAAAUGAGUACAUUGGAGUUUGCAAUGUGUCUCGAAGGUUUGUUGAGGCGAGCAAAAUUGCCAGCAAAUUUCCACAACAGUCUUGUGAUUAUAGACGAAUAUACACAGUUAUACCAAAACCAAUGCUGUUUGUUUUGCUGUGUGUUUAAAGUACAAUCGUGUUGGUGUAGUUGUGUGUGGUGAUCAAAAUAAGUUACAGAAUGUACACAACUCAGUUCAUACAAUUCGGCCUACGAUAUUGUGUAUAGAUUUGCUGAGGCUACAUUCAAUUUGACGAAAAAUGAACGAUGCAUCAAUAGCAAUUACAAUGAAUUUGUAAAUUACAUGUCAAAGUAUUCGUCGGACGACCGUGUGACUGAUUUUGGAUUUGCAUUGGUGGCUUUGGUGUUGUACCGCAAUGUAAUGGGUACACAAUCGAUAAAUGAUAUCCAUUUGGCUGCAGAACAUCGAAAAUUGUCGAAUAUAAUGCACAUGUUGGUGGUGAAUACAGCACAAGCGCCCGUCUCGUUCUAUUACAUUGAUGCUUCGAAUGUGCGUGAACAAAAUCUGAGUCGUGUCAAUGGUCAAUCAACAGCCAACGGGCUGUAUGUACCGAACAUUUUGUAUCAAUAUCAAGAGACAAAUGGGCCUAAAAAAUGUCUGCCGUACAUACCGUUGAUAUUGAAUGGUAGAUAUUUUCUGUAUAAAUAUUCAGAAAUGAACGAAGCUGAGCUCAUGUCUAUAAAUUGUGAUGGACCAAUAUCUCCUGGCCAACACAUUGACGAGCACAGAAUCAAAUCACUGACAAUGCGUUGGUGUCACAACAACGAUACUGUACUUGUAUUCAGAAAAUCAACCAAUGAUGUGACUUUUGACUUGCACCGACAAUAUCUGCUUGGCAACAACGGUGUGGGUGUACUUCUUAAUUUCCCUAUCUAUCCUGUGAAUUUGAUGUCUAUACACAUGUGUCAGGGGCGUACAAUCACCGGUCCUGUGCACAUGAACUUGGACAAAACUACGUACCAGGGUUUGUAUGUGGCAAUAUCUCGUGUUACCGAUCCACAACAAAUUACUCGUGUCAGCUUACCAAAGCCAAUACCACACUUGAUUUCGGCAAUUGUGAAUUUUGAAGAAUUGUGCAAUUAUACUGACGACACAUCAAUUCUACCAGUUCAAUUGCUUGAGGAGAAAUUCAAAAACUACCUUUUAUACGACACGACAACAAACGUGAAGGUGUGCUAUCAUCUAGCCGAACCGGCUGUGAAUUUUCUACAUGCAAAAACCAAAGCUGAAAAAGAAAUGUACCGUAGUACAAUUAUAGAUGGUUUGACGCAUUUCAAGAUUGCACCAAUCAUAUUGACGCCACUAUCACAUACUAUGUACAGUUUCGAAUUGACAAGUCAAAACUGUAUGAAUGUGCUAAUGGAUUAUAAAUUCAUUUUGCUCGCUUUAUCAUGUCUGGACGGUUACGAUGCUGCAGUUUGGUUGAAUGAGUUCAUACGGGCCGAAGCUCGACUGAGUAUACUCAAUUUUAAAACUGAAAAAAUUCUCGAUUUACAAACACCAACGACAUGAAUACAAUUCACGAUAUAACAGCAAUGAGUCGUCUGUAUGAGAACGAUGAGAACACACUCCAUUACAUUGAACGACACGCGUACAUUAGAGCCAAAUUGAAAAGUGAUCCAUUGACACAGUCGUCGUCAUCAUCAGCACUAUUAGAACAAUAUUAAAUAUGAGAGUUUGAUAAAAUCGGUUGUGUUUUGCAAACUAGUAAAUUCAGAGUCGCUGUACAUGAGAAGCUAUCAAGUAAAACUGAUGAUGAAAUAAGUGUGAGCUGGCUGGUGGAUUGGUUGAAAAUCAUGUUGAACGAUCUAAAAUCAAAUCCAACACAAUAUUGUCAAACAACAAGGCUCGUAGUUCAGCCAACCGAUCAUUGACAAAGCCAAUUGUAACCAAGAGAAAUCUGUUUGAAUCAUUGAAAAAGACAUCAUUCGAACUCAAAUCAAGAUAAAAUGUAUAUAUAAUUAUAUAAAAAAAUAUAUAUAUGAAUGUAUAUAUUAUUAUUAUUACGAUGAGCACUACCAUAUGCUGUGUCAGAUGAGUGUGGUGUCUUUCAACGAAAGCCAAAGUGUGAGCAUCUGGUGCAAAAAUAAUAUCAGAAUACAAAAUGUGAAUUUAUACAUUUACUUUCAAUGAACCGAUAAUGUUUAACAAUCUACUCUUUCAUUGAAGUAUAUAUAAUAUUACUCUGCUCUUAUCAAAAUAUAUACAUAUACGGUAGGCCUAUAUAUUAUAUCACUCUACUAUUUCAUCAAAGUAUAUGUAUUAUUCCAUUUAUUCAUUUUCAUGUUAUUUUUUAUAUAUAUAUUUUGUUUGUAGUAUACAUGUCAUGUUUAAAUAAAGCAAACCAAAAAACGC